AUGGCAAACUCCUCUGGGCUUUGUAUGGUGGUCGCCACCUUGAUUAUCAGUGCUCUGAUGAUUACAUCCUCACCCUACAGCGUUGAGGCUAGUGGGGUUUAUAGCAAACUAGAUUGGCUUCCACUGAAAACCAGCUGCCAAGGCACAAUCGCUGAGUGCCUGGGUGGAAAAGAAUUCGACAUGGACUCUGAAAGCAACCGACGCAUUUUAGCAACUACCGAUUACAUCAGUUAUCGGGCACUUCAGAGUGGCAACAGCUUUGCAUUAGCGUCGUUGUCAUAUAAAGUAUAUGUUUCUGAGUUUGCUGUUUCUGUAUGA